AUGUCCUCGAAUUCAGCUUCCAAGGGCUCGUUCCCACCAACCCUAAAGCUCAACGAUGGCAAUGAGAUCCCAGUGUUUGGCUAUGGUCUCGGAACGGCCAAUUACAAGACCACAGAGGGCUACGACAAGACAGUCGUUGAUCUCACAAAGAUGGCUAUUGACGUUGGAUAUCGCCACCUCGACGGCGCAGAAGUAUACGGAAACGAAGAGGAGCUAGGAGAAGCCAUUAAAGCAUCCGGCAUACCAAGAGACCAACUCUUCGUAACUACCAAAGCCCACGGGGAGAAGCAAAAGCCAACCCUCGAGGCGUUUGACCUGUCCCUCAAGAAGCUGGGCCUCGACUACGUAGACCUCUACCUCAUCCACGCUCCGUGGUUUGCCAACUCGGAUGAGGACCUGCAGGCAAAGUGGACUGAUCUGGAAGCCAUCAAGGCUUCUGGCAGGGCUAAGUCCAUCGGAGUGUCUAACUUUCUGCAGGAGCAUCUGGAGGCUAUUCUGAAGACGGCCAAGAUUCCACCUGCGAUUAAUCAGAUUGAGUAUCAUCCGUAUCUCCAGCACGGCGAUUUGGUGAAAUUUCACAAGAAGAAUAACAUUGCUAUUGCGUGCUAUGGGCCGUUGGUCCCGUUGACGAGGGCUAAGGGCGGCCCUGUUGAUGCGGUGUGGUCGGAGCUGGCGAAGAAGUAUGACGUUUCGGAGUCUGAGAUUGGGUUGAGGUGGAUCUUGGAUCAGGGCAUGGUUGCGCUUUCGACGAGUUCGAAUAGGGGGCGACUGGAGAAUUAUCUGGCAAGGUUGCCUGGUUUUAAGCUUACGGACGAGGAAGUCGCUCGGAUUGCGGAGGUUGGCAAGCAGAAGCAUUUCCGGGCGUUUUGGAGGAAAAAGUUUGAUGAGGAUGACAGGCGAUAA